CACAAUAGGAUCCAAUGGGGCACAGUGGGGCACAAGAGGACCGUAUGGGGCAUAGUGGGGGCCUGUGGAGCACAAGAGGAUCCAAUGGGGCCCCAUAGGACCCAAUAGGGCACCCUAUGGGGCACAGUGGGGGUCUAUGGGGCACAAUAGGAUCCAAUGGGGCACAGUGGGGCACAGUAGGAGCCUAUGGGGCACAGUGGGGGCCUAUGGGGCACAGUAGGAUCCAGUGGGGCCCCAUAGGACCCAGUGGGUCCCAUAGGACCAAUGGGGCACUCUAUGGGGCAGCCUAUGGGGCACAGUGGGGGCCAAUGGGGCCCCAUAGGAGCCAAUGGGGCACCCUAUGGGUCCGCCCCACACGUCGCGCCCCCCGUCCCGGUUUCAGGCUACGCGCGGGUGCUGCUGGCCGCCAUGUCGGUGCUGCUGAUGCCGAGCUCCCCCCUCCCCGCCGCGCUCUGCUACGGCCUCAGCGCCGCCAUGGACGCCGUGGAUGGAAUGGCGGCACGGUGGCUCGAUCAGGGCUCUCGGCUGGGCGCCAUGCUGGACAUGCUGACGGAUCGCUGCUCCCUGCUGUGCCUGCAGCUCAACCUGGCCCUGCUUUACCCCAGCGCCGCCCCCCUGCUGCAGCUCAGCGUCUGCCUCGACGUCGCCAGCCAUUGGCUGCACAUGCACACGACGACGUUGGAAGGGGGCGAGAGCCACAAAAAUGUGGGGCAGGGGGAGAAUCGACUGCUGCAGCUCUACUAUGGGCAUAAGGCGCUGCUGUUCACCGUGUGCGCGGCCAACGAGGGUUUCUUCUGCUGCCUGUACUUGGAGUUCUUCUAUGGGGGGAGCGGGG